UGAGAGAAGUUUAACUAUCCAGAGUCUUCAGACAAUGUUAAGGUAGCUGGGCUGUAGCUGGGUCAGACAGAUAAAUAGGCAUACAAGCCUGGAGCCAGGCGGCAGCCAUCUCAUCACCGAUCUAAGCUAGAAGGAGAAGAUGGCAAUUGCUCCACGCUCGUCUCUGCGCUCCCUGGUGCUUGUCAUGUCGCACAGGAAGCCACGGGUGAGCUCUUUCUUCUCCUCCUCCCCCGAUGCUCCGUUGCCAGGACAUUGUACUCCGGAUGCGCCUGCCGUUCAGCCUCUAGCCGCUCCAGUUCCGCCAGACUCUUCGAGUCGCAAGAGCCCUCCUCAUGAAGAGUCGCCUAUUCAUCCACUUCCCGGUCCACCACCUAAAAAGGGUAAUGCUGUAACAGAGAGUUCACAGAACCCGGAGCAGCCUGUUCUUUUUCCAUGCACCGUCGACGAAGAUCCUAAACACCCAGCUCCGCCGGAACGUUCAAGUAAUAGGUGCGCUGAUCAUGAAGAGCUAGUUCUUCCAUGUGGUGCUGCUGAAAGUAAUGUAGCCGACAAGCCUUUGCUGUACACCAUCGACAAAGGUCCUAAAUACCGAACUCCUGAUGAUGGUCCAUGCAUGACGAUUCCUGAUCCUAGGGGUACACCCAAAGAAGGUGUUAAACACCCACUUCCUGAUCCACCACCACGUAGGCUGUAG